UUUGAUUUUUCACCGUCAUUGUUAUUGUUUGUAUUUUUCGAUUCGCAUUGUAAUUUGCUUUCCCUCCUGAUCAUCCUCUGUGCCAGCCUCUACGCAUUCGUGCAGUCUAUCCUCCCCAGACGUAAAGCUAUUUAAACUUGACCUUUAUCAAUCAAUAAAAACGAGACCAUUGGGGAUGUAUACAACUUAACGAGCCUACGCAUGAUUUCCCACAAAUGUAAAAUGUAUUUCAUAUUUCAUUCGUUGGUAUUUCCUGUUCCCAACUGCAAUAGUUAUUUUCAGCAUGUCUUUUCCUCAUUUACUCUCCCUUCAAAAUGACAGGAAACAUCUCUGGCAGAUGCAGAGUUAAGCACAUAGCCUACCGGACUCGCUAAACAAACUCUUCAACAAACUUGACCGCGCUGUUAACUUUUUUAAAUCUAAUUUCGAAGGGACAAAGAGAAAUUUUGCAAAUGAUCAGCGCUGUGACAAACGGAGACUCCGAAGCCCCUUCGUCCAAGAGGGCGCGACUUGAAGAGGAGGAGGAUGAGGAGGCUGACCUGGAACCAGCUGUCUCCCCUGCCACCAUGAGCAAGGUGGAGGACUUUCUUCAGCCUUUCCGCCUGUCGCUGGACCGGUUGAAACAGGUGUCCGCUGCGCUGAGGAAGGACCUCAUCAGAGGACUGGGCAAGCACACACACCGCCGAGCUCCACUCAAGAUGCUGCCCACCUUUGUCAGGGACACCCCCGAUGGCACAGAGAACGGGGACUUCCUGGCUCUGGAUCUGGGCGGGACUAAUUUCCGCGUGCUGCACGUGCGCGUGGAGGAGAACAUGGGGAAGGUGCUGAAGAUGGACGCCAAGGUCUGCGCCAUCUCACAGGAGAUGAUGGAGGGGCCCGGAGAGGAGCUGUUUGACUACAUAGCUGCGUGUCUGGCGGAGUUCCUGGAGUCAUUAGACCUGAAAGACAAGGCUCUCCCUCUGGGCUUCACCUUCUCAUUCCCCUGCGAACAGAAAGACAUCGACAAGGCCAUCUUAGUGCGGUGGACUAAAGGCUUUGCUUGUUCGGGAGUGGAGGGGCAUGAUGUCGUCCAACUGCUGAGGGAUGCUAUCGAAAGGAGAGGAGACUACCACAUUAGUGACAUCGCCAUGGUGAAUGACACAGUGGGGACAAUGAUGAACUGCGCCUACAAAGAUCAGAGUUGUGAAAUUGGCUUGAUCAUUGGCACGGGCACCAAUGCCUGUUACAUGGAGGAGAUGCGUAACGUGAAGCGUGUGGAGGGGAGCGAGGGCCGCAUGUGCAUCAACACGGAGUGGGGUGGCUUCGGGGACGACGGCUCCCUCCGAGACAUCCAGACGAAGUUCGACACAGAGGUGGAUCGCUCCUCCAUCAACCCAGGGGUCCACACGUUUGAGAAGAUGAUCAGUGGCAUGUACCUGGGUGAGGUGGCGCGUCUCGUCCUGGUGGAGAUGGCCAAUCAGAAGCUGCUGUUCGGGGGCGAGGUGUCCGAAGCCCUCUCCACCCCAGACAGCUUCGAGACGCGCUUCAUCUCGGACAUCGAAGAAGAGGACACUGGCCUGGAGCGCGCCCAGGAGAUUCUGACGGAAGAUCUGGGUCUUGCGGCGACACCAGAGGACUGUGAGAUCGUGCGGCUGGUCUGUUACACGCUCUCCACCCGCUCGGCGCAGCUGUGUGGCGCAGCCCUGGCCGGACUGGCCAAUCGCAUCCGCCACCACCGCGGACUGGACCACUUCAAGACCAUCGUGGGGGUGGAUGGUACCGUCUACACUAAACACCCGCAUUACAGUGACCGGCUCGAGGAGACGGUGAAAGAGCUGGCACCAAAAUGUGACAUCAGCUUCAUGGUGACGGACGACGGCAGUGGUAAAGGGGCGGCCAUGGUGUCGGCGGUGGCCCAGAGACUGGCCAUCCACUCCACCCUCCUGGAGAGCAGCGAAGGAGAGGACGACGACGAGGAAGAGGAGGAGGAAGACGAUGACUAAAGUGGAACCACGCAGAUUAAAGAAAAACAAACGUGCAGUGAUUCAACACUUAAGAGAGUUGAUUUAACAUCUUCUAGAGUGUAUUUGGUAAAUGUUGAGUUAAAAUUGCACUUUUACUGUGUGUGUAACUCUGCACCAAAGUGACGAAGAGGAGGAGGAAGAGGAUGAGGAAGAGGAGGAAGAGGAUGAGGACAAUACUGAUGACCGUUUUGCCGAUUUUACUGUUCUCCUAAGACAUACACUGUAUACAUCGCAGCACUUUUAGGUCAGUUUUGACUGUUUGUAAAUGACUGUUACAGCAUAUCUUACUGCAUGGGGUGUCAAACUCAAAUUUUCAGAGGGCCACAAUUAAAAUGCAGAAUGACGACGACACAGGCCGAACUAAAAUUGUUCAUGCACACACUUAAUAUUUGAAGUAAAAUUUCAAAAACUCUCAUUUUCAUCAUACACUUCAGUUCACAUGUGCCCGUCUGUUGCAUGAGUUUGAGAUGUUACAGAGCCCCUAUCCCAUUCCUGUGACACACCAAAUUUCCAAUUUCCAUUAAUGUCCAAGUCAUGUUAUAGGCUAUUAAUGGUGUAUGUGGGCCAUGUAAUUCGCAUUUCAAAUGAUCUCGCAAAUGACCCAGAGGAGGAGAUUUGCCUCCUGGGCAUGAGUUAGACAUCACUGGCGUUCUCUAUCGCAACCUUUAAUGACUUUUGUGUUUCAAGCACCCUUAAUAAAAAAAAUGCCUUUUUUACUUUGCACUGGCAAUGGCACUAAAUGGUCAUCUUUGUUGUAGUGUGGAUCAUUCUUGUUUAAAUCCACGUCUUAUUUGCAGAGCCUCUUGUCCUGCUUAGGAGCAUUGCAGUUUAUGUCAUUAGGAAGUUAAAUAAUCACACAGACCUCAAUUGGCUGAACAGGAUAGCAGAGAAACAUAUCAGUUUUAUUAAAACAAUUUCAACAGGGGAGAAGGCUUUACAUGCUGAAAAAACACUUUCAUGGCAUGUCUGUUGGCAGUGUUCGUCAUAUAGUGAAAUCCCAUUGGGAAACUCCAACUCCCAUUGUCAUUGUGACACAGAACUCCACAGCACACAAGUGAACACUGCACACUGCACACAACGAAAUUGCAUUUAUGCCUCACCCGUGCAAGGGGGCAGCCCUCAGUGGCGCCCCAUGGGGAGCAGUGCGGUGGGACGGUACCAUGCUCAGGGUACCUCAGUCAUGGAGGAGGAUGGGGGAGAGCACUGGUUGAUUACUCCCCCCACCAACCUGGCGGGUCGGGAGUCGAACCGGCAAUCUCUGGGAUGCAAGUCUGACGCCCUAACCGCUCACCCAUGACUGUGAGAGGGGGAGAGGUGCUCUCAUUUUGGGUAGGGUGCGCACAUCCAAAGUCACUUGUUGCAGGUGCAGCUAGACAAAAGUGUCAGACAGUUCAAGAAGACAUGGGUGAGUUUCUCGAAAGUGUAGCUGCUAGCCAGUUAGCAACUUUGGAAGUUUCCAAUGGGAAAUUGCAUUGCAAUCAACAAAGUAGCUAACAUAUUUAGCAACUAUGGUUUCGAGAAACACACCCCAGGUCUGCACAC